UCAACGAGUGGAUUUCUUCUCAAUCAGCAAUGGCAGCUAAGUUGGUAGUAGUGCUCGCCUGCAUGGCCAUGGCCCACGGGUCGGUGGUGCCAGCCGUGGCCCUGGCGAAAGCAGACGCUGACUACACGAGCUUCACGUACGGUGUGGCGGACCCCUACACCGGCGAUUACAAGAGCCAAAGCGAGACCCGCGUUGGUGGCAACGUCGUCGGUCAAUACUCGCUGUUGGACUCUGAUGGUACAAAGCGUACUGUCGAUUACGCUGCUGAUGAUAUCAACGGCUUUAAUGCGGUCGUACGCAAGGAUCCAGCUCUCGUUGCGGCUGCUCCCGCUGUAGUUGCUGCUCCAGCUGUUGCCGCUGCUCCCGCUGUGGUUGCUGCCCGCACUUACGCCGCACCUGCUGUGUACGCUGCCGCGCCCGCCGUAGCUGCUGCUCCCGCUGUGGUUGCAGCUCGUACUUACGCCGCACCUGCUGUGUAUGCUGCCGCGCCCGCCGUAGCUGCUGCUCCCGCUGUGGUUGCAGCUCGUACUUACGCCGCACCUGCUGUGUACGCUGCCGCGCCCGCCGUAGCUGCUGGUCCCGCAGUGGUUGCUGCCCGUACUUACGCCGCUCCUGCUGCGUACGUUGCCGCACCCGCCAUAGCUGCUGCUCCCGCUGUUGUUGCAGCUCGCUCCUACGCCGCUCCAACCGUUGUCGGUCCCUCCGUCUACUCCGCCGGCCUCGCCUACUCUGCUCCUCUUGCCUACGGCGUAAAUGCCGCCCCCAUCGCCAGCUGGUGAUCUAUUAACAUAAUACGGAAGUGACAAACGCGUACGAUACGACUAUGGUGUUCUACUCAGUGUAAAUAAUGUAUUUAUUUAAAUUUUACAAAUUGAAAUAAAAAGUGAUACUGCCAUAUUGA